GUCAGGAGUCAGCGACGGUUAUUGCGAGACCUGAUACUCGAGCUGUGGAUCAGGUGUGGCGGUGUCCUCGGACAGGCGGCACUUCACCGCAGAGUCCUGCGUCCUCUCUGGGUGCUUGCGGUUUGCACCGGCGGGAGCCACUGUCUCUGUAGUCCUGAGAGAGAAGAAGGGAAAGAGAGAAACAUCGAUUGGUUGCCUCCCUGUAUACACCUGGACCAGGGGAUCAAACCCACAACCCAGGGGUUUUCUUACCUGACUGUUUUCCUCAAAAUGAGUAUUAGCAUCACCUUCAUAAGACCUUUUGCCAGAGUUUUGGUGCCAUUUACCCUUAACAGGAAGAGAAGGGUUUUAUAUUCAGCGAUUCUGCAGAGAUACAUGUCUUCCAAAAUACCACCUGUGUCCUCUCCUAUUAAGGAGAGUACAUCACCUGAACAGCUGGAAUUGGAUGGGUGGAAAAUUACAAUGAAAUCUAGUGUGCAAGAAGAUGUUUCAACAGUCUCAAGUACUAAGGAUGAAGAUCCUUUAGCGGCCACUAGGGAGUUAAUUGAGAUGUGGAGAUUGCUUGGAAGAGAAGUACCAGAACACAUCAGUGAUGAAGAGCUCAAAACGAUUAUGGAAUAUGUUUCUAAAUCAUCAAAAAAAAAAUAUUUAAAAUAUUUAUAUGUUAAGGAAAAAAUGAAAAAAGCUAAGCAACGAAAAAAGGAAAUAAAAGCUGCAGCAAAGGAAAAAGCAAAAGAAGACCAGCUGCUAGAAACCACUAAAAAAGAAAAACAGCAAAACUUUCUAUUUCUACGACUUUGGGAUAGGCAUAUGGAUAUAGCAAUGGGCUGGAAGGGUGCCCAGGCCAUGCAGUUUGGACAACCUUUGGUUUUUGACAUGGCUUAUGAAAAUUAUAUGAAACCGAAAGAGCUGCAGAAUACUGUUUCCCAACUUUUAGAAAGUGAAGGAUGGAACAGAAGAAAUGUUGAUCCUUUCCAUAUUUAUUUUUGCAAUCUUAAAGGAGAUGGCCCUUUUCAUAAAGAGUUAAUUAAACGUUAUGGAGAAAAAUGGAACAAACUUCUUUUAACAGCAACAGAAAAGUCACACAUAGAUUUAUUUCCAAAGGACAGUAUUGUAUAUUUAACUGCAGAUUCUCCCAAUGUUAUGACUACUUUCAAGCAUGACAAAAUUUACAUAGUGGGAGCUUUUGUAGAUAAGAGUAUGCAACCAGGCACAUCCCUAGCCAAAGCAAAACGGCUGAAUCUAGCAACAGAAUGCCUUCCAUUAGAUAAAUAUUUACAGUGGGACAUUGGUACAAAAAAUCUCACCUUAGAUCAAAUAAUGCGUAUUUUGUUAUGUCUGAAAAACACUGGUAGUUGGGAAGAGGCUCUGAAGUUUGUUCCUACGAGAAAACAUACUGGUUAUCUGGAGAUUCCUCAGCAUUCUAAAGAGUUUGUCAACAAAGUGAAGAAGUCAAAGACUAUUAAUUCAUUUCCAAAAGGCUCUCUGAACAUAUACACACAGAAAAGAUGACUUGAAAGAAAAUACUUAAUAGCUUAAAAAGUAAAUGGGUUGGAAAUACAGGUCUGUUAGUCUUUUCCUAAAUGGAAUUCACUUGCUCUUUCUCUUAAAGGUUGUCUUUCCAAACUAACUGAAGUAUGUAUUUUCCCCAAUUAAGUAAAUAUCUGCAAAACUUUGGAAAUGCAUAUUUUUUUUACUAUUAAAAAAAAUCUUAGAAAGUAAAGAGACUUGUCCAAGUUUGUU